AUGGGGGCAAUUCCCCAGCGACAGAUUUACCUCCGGAAGAACGUCUUCGACAUGGAGAGGAGGUACUUCUCGAGAAAUUCGCUGCUCCGAACAAAGCACCAAGGAUCAUCGGCACCUUUUAAUACCCCAGAAUCGCAAAAGCGCAAUACCUCUACAUUGUACUAUACCGUCAGUCUCAUCCUCGGAACCGUUGCACUCGCAUAUGGAUCCGUCCCUCUUUACAAAAUGAUCUGCCAACAAACCGGCUGGGGCGGCCAACCCAUCCUCACCCACCGCAACGGCGACGGUGAUACCGCGGGGCGCGUGACACCAGUGACAGACUCCCGCCGUCUCCGCAUCACAUUCAACGGCUCUGUAUCCGAUGUUCUCCCCUGGAAGUUCACACCCCAGCAGCGCGAGGUCCGCGUGCUACCUGGCGAGACAGCUCUGGCAUUCUAUACCGCAACGAAUAAGGGCCCGAAUGAUAUCAUCGGAGUCGCAACGUACAGUGUUACGCCGGGACAGGUUGCCCCGUACUUUAGCAAGAUCCAAUGUUUCUGCUUUGAGGAGCAGAAGCUCAAUGCGGGAGAGUCGGUUGAUAUGCCGGUCUUUUUCUUCAUUGAUCCUGACUUUGCGACGGACCCUAAUAUGAAGGGUAUUGAUACUAUUACCCUGUCAUAUACAUUCUUCAAAGCGAAAUAUGAUGACAAUGGUGUUCUCAAGCCCAUUGCUUCAUGA